GGUAGAAUCUCAGGUUACCAGUAGCAUUACAUAAAAGAACACACCAUGCUGACACCAGUAGCCUCUGGCAUUUGCAGAUAGGCUAGUACAGCAAGACUUGAGAUUCUUCUUUCACACUUGAUGAUCCACCCAAACACUCUGACUCUCUCUCUGGCUGGUUAGAGUUCAAACACUGCAGCAAUGCCUCCACCGGGUGUGUGUAUGAACAUCAUUAAUGCACGUCACAUUAAAGAUGGUUCUGGGAAUGUCGCCAACCCUAAGAAGUUCCUCAACCAAGACUUUCAGCAGCUGAAACAGUACUGUCUCAUCAAGCGGGUAAGGUACAUCGACGAGAUGUUCCCCCCUGACAGAAGAUCUAUCGGCGAAGGAGUACUGAGCCCCAAUCACCUGGCCCAAGUGGUGUGGCUGAGACCAGGGAAAAUUGUUCCCAUUCCAUCUUUUGCUGUUGAUGGAGUCUCCAGGUUUGACUUUGGUCAAGGCGUAAUUGGAAACUGCUGGUUUCUUGCGUCUAUUGGAGCUCUGACAUUCCAGAAUUACAUUCUUGAGCAAGUUGUCCCUCUUGAGCAAAAAUUUGAUGAGGACUACUGCGGACUGUUCCACUUCAGGUUCUGGAGAUUUGGAAGCUGGGUGGAUGUCGUCAUAGAUGACAAGCUACCAACAAUCAAUGGCAGACUAAUCUUUGUUCACUCCAAAGACCCAACUGAGUUCUGGCCUGCUUUGCUGGAGAAAGCCUAUGCCAAGGUGUGUGGUUCCUACGCGGACAUGAAUGCUGGAACUCCUGCCGAGGCUUUGGUGGACUUCACUGGUGGUGUUCACAUGUGUAUCGAGCUGUCAGACCCUCCUCCAAACCUGUGGGAACUGAUGCUCAGAGCAGGCCAAUCCAAGUCAUUAAUGGGUUGUGGUACACCACAAGGGGAAACAUCUGCCAACACUGUACUUCCAAAUGGACUGGUCCAAGGCCAUGCCUACACUGUCACGGGUGUGAAACAGAUGAUGAGCAAAGGGCAGCCAGUAAACAUGGUGCGUUUGUGGAACCCCUGGGGCCAAGGAGAGUGGAAAGGAGACUGGAGUGAUGGGUCGCCUCUUUGGCAAACUGUAAGUCCUGAAGAUCGUCUGAUGUGCCUCUCCGUGCAUGAAGAUGGGGAGUUUUGGAUGACACUGGAAGACUUCUGUAGGUUCUACUCAGAUCUCGACAUCUGCUGCCUGUGCCCCGACUUCCUUGAUGGAAGCACUUCUUGCCACUGGAAGGCCUCCUUCUAUGAGGGCAGAUGGGUUGCAGGAACCACUGCUGGAGGAUGCAUGAAUAACCUCGAGACCUUCUGGACUAAUCCACAGUAUCGAGUCAAGAUUGAAAAAUUACUCAGUGACUGUUCUGCAGAACAGGGGGAAAAUAACAUGCUGGUGUCUCUCAUGCAAAAACCUGACAAGAGGAACAGACGCCUGGUCAAAAAUCUCCACAUUGGAUUCUCUGUGUUUGAGGUGUCUGAAGAAUACGCGGGACAGAGGGGGAAGUUCCCAGCCUCUUUCUUCAGCAGAAACAGUCCUGUUGCCCAAACUAAAACCUACCUGGAUGCACGUGAGGUGAUGGCAUUCACAAUGCUGAAGCCUGGUGAAUACCUGAUUGUGCCGUCCACCUUCAAUUCCAAUGAGACAGCCUCCUUCAUCCUGACCAUCCUGUCCAAGGCAGAGACCCACGUCCAUGAGAAUUCUGGUGGCCAUGACCAUGACCAUGAACAUGUGGAAACAGAACAGCCCUCACCAGUCCAAAAUGUAGAGGACGACGAAAACAAGAAAAACUUCUUCCGCCAGUACUCUGACCAGUAUGAAGAAGUGGGUGCAGAGGAGCUCCAGGGCAUUCUAAAUGACAGAAUCCUAAAAGGAGACUUGAAAUCUGGAGGCUUCACUAUUGAUGCCUGUCGCAGCAUGGUUGCUCUGAUGGACACCUCAAUCACCGGCCGACUUAAUGGUGAGGAAUUUAUUCGCCUGUGGAAGAAGAUUCAGACAUACAAGGACAUUUUCUUCCGCACCGAUGUUUCGCAUACAGGAACACUGUCACUGAAAGAGCUCAGGAACGCAAUCAUGGCUUCAGGAAUGAGGAUCAGUGAUGACAUGCUGAAUCUGAUGGCUCUACGCUACGGUUCCUCCUCUGGAGUCAUUACACUGGAGAGCUUCAUCAGUCUGGUUCUUCGCUUCGACUGCAUGAACCAAAUCUUCAGACAGUUGACUGAUGGCAUGACCAUGACUCUUCAAGAAUCAGAGUGGAUGUACAUUUCGAUGUACACUUAACCUGAUAGAGAAGAUGAGCUGCAGGAUUAAUUUGGAAUUACAGAAGCUGAUGAUGUGAAAGAAAAUAAAUAUAAAAUGUGUUGUUCAGCAAAUGGGCAAAUGAGCAAUUAAAGGGCAUUUACUUUUAUAUUUUCUAAUGUCAGGGGUGUAAUAAACGGUGUCCUAUUCCGCCUUGUUUUCUUUCCUAUCUCUCUUUCCCACUGCAAAGUAGAUCAGGAGAACAAAUGCGAGGAAGCAGACAUAAGGUUCUCAGUUUUUAAAAUCACAAUGGCCAGAGCAAAAAUCAGUUUAGGACUGGAUCUUAUGAGUGUGUUGUCAUUCUAACUGAGGUUAAAAAUGUUUCAUUUGUUGCAAAUGCUAUGUUUAGAACUGAACAAAAAUAAUGUUAUAGAAAUUAUAAUAUAUACCAAUAUUGAUUAAGAGCAUGGCAUUGGAAACUGACUUGGAUCAAGAACACAAAAUUUGUAUCACAUCAUUAAUAAUGCAUAUUGUUACGCCCCUAGUUAAUGUAUUGUGAAAUACAAUGAAAAUUCAACCUAUCCCAUGAUAAAUAGGCAUUACAAUGUACCUUUUUAAGUCUUAUGUUUCUCUGAUGUACUUUCAUUUACAUUCAUUGUAUAAGUUACUGCAUUUUCUGUUUUACUGUUAGCUGGGAAUAGGCGAAACUAAGAUGGUUAUCAUUAUACAAGCUAAAUAUCAGCAUGUUAGCACGGUGACAUCUGUAUUUAGCUCAAAGCACAGUGUCUACCUUAGACAGAUGUUGGCAUGGCUGUAGCCUCGAUCAUGGGAUACUUCUGCAUUUUAAGUGGGUUAUUGCAUUUUCUUUUUUAACUGGGAAAAGGGUUUAUUUUAAAUCACUUUGUACUACAGAAUAAAGAUAUAUCUAUCUAA